CGCCCUCCGCCCAAAACCCUAACACCCGAGUUGCAAGGGUGUCUUUCUUUCGUGGAAUCCAGAAAACCCUAAUUUCGCUGGUGAGUCUUUCUUUCGUGGAAUCCUGAAAACCCUAAUUUUGCUGUCAGAAAAGAUGGCCAAGAAGAAAAAUCCCCUCGUGUUUCUAGACAUAUCAGUUGAUGGAGAUCGAGCUGAAAGAAUGGUAAUCGAGCUCUUUUCAGAUGUUGUUCCUAAGACUGCAGAGAAUUUUCGAGCACUUUGUACUGGAGAGAAAGGCAUUGGAGCUUCUACUGGAAAAUCAUUACAUUACAAGGGAUCAAUUUUUCAUCGCAUUGUCAAAAGAUUGGGUGCUCAAGGUGGCGAUAUUGCAAAACUAGAUGGCAGUGGUGGAGAAAGUGUUUAUGGAGGAAAGUUUUCAGACGAGAAUUUUAAGCUGAAGCAUGAUGGGCCUGGUGUUUUGUCCAUGGCAAGUCCUGCACCAGAUUCAAAUGGAUCACAAUUUUUCAUUAGCUUCAGGGCUGCACCACGCCUUGACGGCAAAAAUGUUGUUUUCGGAAAGGUGGUGAGUGGAAUGAGUUUGCUGAAGAAGAUAGAACAGGCUGGUUCAGAUAAAGGAAAACCUAUUUGCACCGUUAGAAUUGUGAAUUGUGGUGAAGCUUCCGAUAAUAAAACUCAAACUGCACUUGGGACUACAAAAGAAAAUAAGCUUAUAAAAUCAGGAAGAGAUCUUCCUUCAGAUAAUAGUUCUGAUGGAAAGGGGAGGAUAGGACACAAGAGAACUGCUAAAGACAAAAGAAAGAAGAGAAAGAGAAGAUACUCAUCAUCUGAUUCAUACAGCUCUGACAAUUCUGAUUCAGACUCCUACUCCUCUGAUAGCAUAUCUGACUCAGACUCUGAUUCAGACUCUUCAUCAUCAGAUACUAGUUCAUCCAGUGAUUCGAGACGCAAGAGGAGAAAGAAAACAUCAAAGAAGGAUAGAUACAAACAUGGGAAAAGAAAGAGGGACUUGCUUAGAGGGAAGCAACAAAGGAAGCAUAAUAAAAGAUCAAGACGGAGGUCAAAAUCGAGUUCGGAAAGUUCAAGUGAUCCAGAGAGUGAGAGUGCCAGCAGUAGUAGCUCAGAUAAUGAAAAAGCUGAUUGUCAAAGGGAUGCUAAUAAAACCAAAUUUUCGUCACAAGCCAUUGAUAUAUCUGCUAAAGCUCCUGCAGGACAGACAAAACCUCCUUCAAUGGUCUUGGGUGAAGAAGAAACUGUAGGAGGGCCAAGGAAAGAUGAAAAGGAAACUGUUAGAGAUAAUGCUUCACAUGAAGAGGGUGAACUCCUUAACGAAAAUGGUGAAUUUCGAGAAAUAGACAAUGGCUUGGGAGCCAAGGUUGACAGAACUGUGAAUCUACAAUCACAAUCAGAUGAGAAAUCAAGCAGAUUCAGGAGCAAGGAUCUCAAGGGGGGUUCAAGUGCAAGUCUUAGGAGUGGUCAACCAAUGAGAGAGAAUGAAAGGCAAAAUCAGAAAAGUCCUUCAAGGAGUCCAGAAAGAAGCCCUGGGUAUAAAGCUUCUGAAGCCACUUUAAAUCGUGGCAGUUAUUUGUCAAGAAGCCGUUCCCGAGAGGAGGCCCCAAAGCGACUAAGGAAAGGACGUGGAUUUACUGAGCAGUAUGCAUAUGUCCGCAGAUACAGAACUCCUUCACCAGAGCGUUCUCCCAUUCGCUCCCACUAUUACAGGGGAAGAAAUGAAUGGGCAAGCGGCCAGGAUAGGUACUCAAGAUAUAGGACUUACACUGAGCGUCAUCGAGUACAACGCUACCGUCGCUCCCCAAGAGGCAGUAGUCCACUCAGAUAUCGAAACAGGAGAGGGAGAAGUAGGAGUAUUUCACCCACUGCCGUUGGUUACCGUGGCCGUGGGAGGGAUCGCAGCCGGAGCCCAAGACGUAGCCCUAGUCCAAAAUUUGACCUACAGCCAACAGUUAGUGAUAGACUCCGAUCUCGUCUUGGUCCGGAAGGAAGUAGACGCUCUUCUGAUAGAGGAAGGUCAAGGUCAAGGAACCGGGAUUCUUCGGCUUCCAGAUCUCCUGAUGCAGGUCCUCGUGGCAAGAAAGACAAGGGUAAUAUGAGGUCUCGAAGCAGUUCUAGAUCCAGUAGCCCUGCUGGAAACCGUGGGUUGGUUUCUUAUGGAGAUGGAAGCCCUGAUAGGUAGCUUCCAAUGAGCGUUUUAAGUAACAUUCUCUCUUUUCCAAGCUCCUGUAAUCGCAGUGUCUGGUAGGUGUGCGCAUGGAACCGGCCUGUGCUGGGCCAUGUUCAGGCUUUCGAACAUUAUGAUGUUUUCUCGCUUGUUUUUAGGCUGUUUCCAAAGACCGAGUUGAUUUGAUUCGUCUCAUGGAUGUUUCUUGCAUUUGAAGGUGGUGUUUUUUUCACUGAUCGGGUACCUCAAAAUGAUUGGUAAUGAACUGCAACGCAAAGAUGAUUAGCUGAGAAUAAAUUGAUGAAACAAUAAUAAUAUGAAGGAGGAUUCUUUUCACUUGAAAUUUGGAAAUCUUGAAUUAA